UGAGCUGAAAGGUGUCAGCCUCAUUAAAGUGAAAUUCAAGGACAUCAAGGAUUGGUCCAACCUAGCAAUGCCAUGAGAAUAAUGGGGAUUUUUGCCAAACCUGACCAUAUUAACAUGACAUAUUCAAAGACUCAGCUUUAGCAUUCACUGACUCUAUUAUUGAUCUGUGACAAUCUUUGUGACCCUGGCAGCCUGGGGACAAUUCUGAAAUCUCCCGCUGAGGCAGGCUACAGCAAAGUGUUUCAAACUCUGAAAGGCUGUGUGGAUUCCUGAGAGCCCAAAGCGCUAUGGGUGGGUAUGGGUGCACGUUUCCAGGUACCCAGUAUUGAUAAUCUGAAAGCGGAAAUAGUGCCACAUUACUUGCCUCCUGACACCCAGGCCCAUGUGGCUGACAACUAAAGCCUUUAUGCUCAGGCUCAGAUGUCUAGUAAAGCCAUUGACUAUGGCUUGGUGUGUGACUGGCAAUACCUGAAGUUUCACAAGUACGAAGAAAAGUAAGGUCUAGAAACUGGAGCCAGUAAAAGUUGGCUGCCUGAUACUGAGCUUCAGAGUCACGACUUGGACUGGACAGAGGCACCAGCAGCUGUGGUGGUUGGCGGUGAGAUUCACGGCAUGAGCCUGGAGUCUCUGUAGUUGGCUGAGAGCACUGGCGGCAAGAGGCUGCUGAUCCCUGUCGCCCCUGUCAUGAACAGCCUCAACGGCAUGACUGCACGCAACCUGCUUUUUAACGGGAAGAGACAACUGUGGGUGAGGGCAGAACACUUAAGCAGGGACAGGAGUUACUACUGA